UAGACCCAGCAGCCACGGAGUAGGAGGAAAUGUUAACUGGAGCCUGUGAUUAAUUCAUUUUUGGGUUUUGGAUUUUUUGUUUGUUUUCUUUCUUUCGUUUAAAGAAACGCACGUAAAGUAUUCAUGUUGCCCGGAUAGAAAGCGAUUUUUGGGUCCACCAGCCCGCAAAGAAAGGCUCACCAAGACAUCAUUAAACGCAGAUUGCACCAAAUCGAUUCAAGUUUUAUCUGUGUGGAGUAAAAUUACUCCCGCCCCCACCAGACUGGACUAAUGAUGGCUUUAAUGGUUCACCUGAAGACGGUCGCUCACCUGCGAGGGAAAGGUGACAAGAUCGCCAAAGUUACAUUCAGGGGUCUGUCCUUCUACAGUCGUGUAGCAGAGAACUGUGAGGAGGUGGCACACUUUAAUGAGACAUUUCGAUGGCCCAUUGCCAGCAAGCUGGAUGGAAAUGAAAUGCUAGAGAUCCAAGUGUACAAUUACAGCAAGGUCUUCUCCAACAGACUCAUUGGGACUUUCUGUAUGGUGCUUCAGAAAGUGGCUGAAGAGGGACAUCUAGAGCUGACUGACACACUCACUGAUGAUAACAACACGUCAAUAAAGACCAAUGUUACCAUAGAGAUCAGGUACCAGCCGAUGGAUGGCAUGGUUGGAGUGUGGAGUGACGGGGACUUCUUGGAUGUUCCUGACGACCGUGAUGGGACGUUUUCCUUUGAAACAGAUAGCUUGCUGUCAGGACAAAGCCACGGGUCAGGGACGUCCCCUGGACGAUCUUUACAUGGAUCCAUACCAACCUUCAGAAAAGCAGGGAAGGGAGUUUUCUCAGCCAUGAAGCUCGGAAAGAUCAAGAGCUCUAGAGAUGACCACAAGAAAGAUGAGCCAGCCGUCCUGGACAUGGAGGACUUGGACAAGAAAGCAAUGCGUCUUGCUGGUAUGCUGGAACCAGACACCAUCUCUUUGGCCUCUGUCACGGCUGUCACCACAGACGUCUCCAAUAAAAGGUCAAAGCCAGACAUCAAAAUGGAACCAAGCUCCGGACGACCAGUGGAUUAUCAGAUCAGCAUCACGGUGAUCGAGGCCAGACAGCUAAUAGGCCUUAACAUGGACCCUGUGGUGUGUGUGGAGAUUGGAGAUGACAAGAAGUACACAUCUAUGAAGGAGUCCACCAACUGUCCAUACUACAACGAGUAUUUUGUCUUUGAUUUCCACGUCCCUCCUCACGUCAUGUUUGACAAGAUCAUCAAGCUUUCAGUUAUUCAUUCCAAGAACCUUUUACGGAGUGGGACCUUGGUAGGAACCUUCAAAAUGGAUGUUGGGACUGUUUACUUUCAGCCUGAACACCAGUUCUACCAUAAAUGGGCCAUCCUGUCUGAUCCUGAUGACAUCACAGCAGGAUCUAAAGGAUAUAUAAAGUGUGACAUCGCUGUGGUCGGAAAGGGUGACAACAUCAAGACUCCACACAAAGCCAAUGAGACUGACGAAGAUGACAUAGAGGGAAAUCUCCUGCUGCCAGAGGGCAUCCCAGCAGAGAGGCAAUGGGCGAGGUUUUAUGUAAAGAUCUUCCGUGCAGAGGGACUUCCUAAAAUGAACACAAGCAUCAUGGCUAAUGUGAAAAAGGCCUUCAUAGGAGAGAACCGAGAUUUGGUGGACCCCUAUGUUCAAGUGCACUUUGCUGGGCAGAAGGGAAAGACUUCAGUCCAGAAAAGCAGUUAUGAACCAAUAUGGAAUGAGCAGAUCAUCUUCACCGAGCUGUUCCCGCCUCUCUGCAAAAGGAUAAAGGUCCAAAUAAGGGACUCAGAUAAAGUCAAUGAUGUUGCCAUAGGAACCCAUUUCAUUGACCUACGCAAGAUAUCAAAUGAUGGUGAUAAAGGUUUCUUGCCUACCAUGGGUCCAGCCUGGGUCAAUAUGUAUGGUUCCACUCGUCAGUACACUUUAAUGGAUGAGCAUCAGGACCUGAACGACGGACUCGGAGAAGGGGUGUCCUUCAGAGCCCGUCUCCUGCUUUCUGUAGCUGUGGAGAUCCUGGACACCACUUCACCUGAGAUCUUCAGCUCCACUGAGGUUCACGUGGAGUCUGUUUCCAACAUCUCAGAGAGUGCUACAGGAAAAAUAGAAGAGUUCUUCGUCUUUGGUUCCUUCCUGGAGGCCACCAUGAUCGACAGGAAGACUGGCGACAAACCGAUCAGUUUUGAAAUCACAAUAGGUAACUAUGGUAACCAGAUAGAUGGCGUGAGCAAACCGUCAUCAAAGAAGAAAAAGAAAGACGGAGAAAAUGAAGAAGAGGAAAGUGAGCUGAUCCAGAACUCCAGUGAGGAUGAGGCGGAUGAGGAUGGAGACCUCGUAUCAGUGUCCUCAACUCCUCCCAUGAAGCCUGUCAUCACUGACAGGAACUACUUCCAUCUUCCCUACUUUGAAAAGAAGCCAUGUAUCUACAUCAAGAGCUGGUGGCAGGACCAGAGAAGACGACUUUACAAUUCCAAUAUGAUGGAUAAAAUUGCAGACAAACUGGAAGAGGGUUUGAAUGAUGUUCAGGAGAUUAUUAAGACUGAGAAGGCAUUUCCAGAGCGUAGACUCAGGGGAGUGCUGGAGGAGCUCAGCGUCGGCUGCAGUCGGUUUGUGUGUCUGGCUAACAAGGAUGUGAACCAAGCAGGCAGAACCAAACUCGAUCGAGAGAGACUCAAGUCCUGCAUGAGAGAAAUGGACAGCAUGGGCCAACAGGCUAAGCAGAUUCGGACUCAGGUGAAGAAAAACACAGUCAGAGACAAACUCAAGCUGGUGCAGAACUUCCUGCAGAAGCUUCGCUUCCUUGCUGAUGAGCCUCAGCACAGCAUCCCAGAUGUUUUCAUUUGGAUGAUGAACAACAACAAGCGCAUUGCUUAUGCACGAAUACCUUCCAAAGACAUCCUGUACUCCAUAGUGGAUGAGGAAACUGGCAAAGACUGUGGAAAAGUCAAAGCUGUAUUCCUUAAGCUUCCUGGUAAGAAGGGUUUUGGUCCUGCAGGCUGGACAGUUCAGGCUAAGCUGGAGUUAUAUCUAUGGCUGGGCCUCAACAAGCAGAGGAAAGAUUUUCUCUGUGGAUUGCCAAAUGGUUUUGAAGAGAUUAAAGCCACUAAAACUGGCCCUGGUCUUCACUCGAUGCCCCCCGUCGGCCUCGUCUAUGACAUGAAGCAGGUGUUCCAGCUGAGAGCACACAUGUACCAGGCUCGCAGUCUGUUUGCUGCUGAUAGCAGUGGCCUUUCAGACCCCUUUGCGCGGGUCUUCUUUUCCACACACAGCCAGGUUACUGAGGUUCUGAGUGAGACUCUUUGCCCUACUUGGGAUCAGCUGCUGGUGUUUGAUGAUGUGGAGCUGUUUGGUGAGGCCAGUGAGCUGAGAGACGAUCCUCCAAUCAUUGUGGUUGAAAUCUACGAUCAGGACACUGUGGGUAAGGCAGAAUUCAUAGGUCGGACCUUUGCAAAGCCCACCAUCAAGAUGUGUGAUGAGCAUUAUGCACCCCCGAGGUUCCCGCCACAGCUGGAGUACUUCCAGAUUUACAGGGGGAACUGCACUGCCGGGGAGCUUCUGGCCGCUUUUGAGCUGCUGCAGAUACCCUUUGAUGCAGAGGAGAUCAGGCGAGCUCUGAUUGCUGUCCAUAAUUUUGCUGUUCCUCAGAUAAAGAUUGGUCAAGGAGGCAGGGCUGACCUCCCCCCCCUUGAGGGGCCGACAGAUUCAGAGCGUGGACCCAUCCUCCCUGUGCCGCUGGGCAUCCGGCCAGUACUGAGUCGCUACCGCAUAGAGGUUUUGUUCUGGGGAUUAAGGGACCUGAAGAGAAUCAACUUAGCUCAGGUGGAUAGGCCCCGUGUGGACAUAGAGUGUGCAGGCAGAGGCAUUCAAUCUGCGCUCAUCCAGAACUACAAGAAGAAUCCCAAUUUCAGCACCCUGGUCAAAUGGUUUGAAGUGGACCUUCCAGAAAAUGAGCUUCUCCAUCCCCCUCUCAAUAUUCGGGUGGUGGACUGCCGAGCAUUUGGCCGCUACAUCCUGGUUGGGUCACAUGCUGUGAGCAGCCUGAGACGUUUCAUUUACAGCGCUCCAGACAAGACUUCCAACAACUGGGCGACCGCAGCUAAGCUAAUGAAUGGCUACAUGGUCCUGACCAAUGGCGGACCCCAGCCCCGCUCCUCACCCAGCCUUUCCCCCCGCUCCUUCUCUCGCCCCGCAGGUGACAUCGUUGUCAACAUGGAUGGAGAUCCUCCAGUCCGAAAGAUGGACACCGUCGUCAAGUUAGACGCAACGUCUGAUGCUGUUGUAAAAGUUGACAUGAUUGUGGAAGAAAGUGACAAAGACAAAAAGAAGAAAAAGAAGAAAAAGAAGGGAGGAAUGGAGGAAGAGGAUGAGCCAGAUGAGAGUGUUCUGGACUGGUGGUCUAAAUAUUUUGCUUCCAUAGAGACACUAAAGGAGAUCCUCAGAGCCCAGGAGGCAGCUCAGGCAGAGGCCGAGGAGAGAGAGGACAUCGAGAUAGCAGCUGAAACGGCAGAUGUCAAACCCGAUGAACUUCUUCUGAAAGGCUCCAAGACGAAGGAAAGGGGCAAAGAGAAGAAGAACUCUAAGGACAAGAGGAAGGGUCAGGCUGCAGAUGGCUCCGAGAGGCGACCAGUGAAAGCAAAAGUGGAUGAGCUAGUGGUGUACAACAAGGAGCUUGAGAGUGAAUAUGGCAACUUUGAAGACUGGCUUCACACGUUCAACCUGUACAGAGGAAAGGCUGGGGAAGACGACGAACACGCUCUGGAUGAUGACAGGAUUGUUGGUAGAUUCAAGGGAUCCUUGUGUAUAUAUAAGUUACCUGUAUCUGAAGAGAUCACAAGAGAAGCAGGAUUUGAUCCCAACAUGGGGAUGUUCCAGAGCAUCCCGCACAACGAUCCUGUCAACGUCCUCGUUCGUGUCUAUGUGGUCAGGGCUACAGACCUCCAUCCUGCUGAUAUAAAUGGGAAAGCUGACCCAUACGUUGUCAUUAAACUGGGCAAAUCAGAGGUCAAGGACAAAGAGAACUAUAUCUCCAAACAGCUCAAUCCAGUAUUUGGAAAAUCAUUUGACAUCGAGGCCACCUUUCCCAUGGAGUCGAUGCUGACGGUGUCUGUGUAUGACUGGGAUCUGGUCGGCACAGAUGACCUGAUUGGUGAGACAAAGAUUGACUUGGAGAACCGUUUCUACAGUAAAUUCAGAGUCACCUGUGGCAUUUCCUCCAGCUACUCUGUCCAUGGAUAUAAUUCUUGGCGGGACCCUAUGAAGCCCAGCCAGAUCCUGGCUAAACUCUGUAAGGAUGGCAAGAUCGAUGGACCUCAUUAUGGGCCAGGAGGCAAAGUCAAGGUGGCUAAUCGAAUCUUUACAGCACCGACAGAGAUUGAGGAUGAAAACGGUCUAAAGAAGCAGACUGAGGAGCAUUUGGCCCUCACGGUGCUGAAUCACUGGGAGGAAAUCCCAAGAGUUGGCUGCAAGCUCGUCCCUGAGCAUGUGGAGACCCGACCCUUGCUGAACCCAGACAAACCCGGUAUUGAACAGGGCCGCAUUGAGAUGUGGGUGGACAUGUUCCCUAUGGAUAUGCCUGCUCCUGGACCUGCAAUUGACAUUUCUCCAAGAAAACCAAAGAGAUAUGAGCUCAGGGUGAUUAUUUGGAAUACAGACGAAGUAAUACUGGAGGACGAUGAUUACUUCACUGGGGAAAAGUCCAGUGACAUAUUUGUCAGGGGCUUUGAGCUUCGUGUUAUAAUUUGGAACACUGAUGACGUAAUUCUAGAGGACGAUGCAUUCAUGACAGGAGAGAAGAUGUCUGACAUCUAUGUCAGGGGAUGGCUGAAAGGGCAGCAGGAGGACAAACAGGACACAGAUGUGCACUAUCACUCACUGACCGGUGAGGGGAACUUUAACUGGCGCUUCGUCUUCCCUUUUGAUUAUCUCAUGGCUGAGGAGAAGAUUGUCAUCUCUAAGAAGGAGUCCAUGUUUUCCUGGGAUGAGACCGAAUACAAAAUCCCUCCUCGUCUCACGCUGCAGGUCUGGGAUGCAGACCACUUCUCUGCUGAUGAUUUCCUGGGUGCAAUCGAGCUGGACCUAAACCGUUUUCCUCGGGGCGCAAAGACAGCCAAGCAGUGCACUCUUGACAUGAUUCGAAAUGAGCAGGAUCUGCCAACCAUUUCGAUCUUUAAACAAAAGAGGGUUAAAGGAUGGUGGCCAUUCGUAGCCCGUAAUGAGAAUGAUGAAAUGGAGCUCACGGGGAAAGUUGAAGCUGAGCUUCACCUAGUGACAGCAGAGGAAGCAGAGAAAAGCCCUGUAGGACUGGGACGAAAUGAGCCAGAUCCACUGGAAAAACCAAAUCGCCCAGACACCACCUUCCUCUGGUUCCUGAGCCCGCUGAAAGCAAUCCGCUACCUGGUGUGCAACCGCUACAAGUGGCUGAUCAUCAAGAUAGUGCUGGCCCUGCUGCUGCUCAUCAUGGUGGGCCUCUUCCUCUACAGCAUGCCAGGCUACCUUGUCAAGAAGCUGCUGGGGGCCUAAGUCACUGCUAGGGGGAUGGGGAGGGGAAGGGUGGCUACAUGGAUAGAUGGAUGGAUAAGUGAAAGGGAGCAACACUGAUGGGAGACAAGACUGCUAUGUUUUCUCCUCUCUAAUCCAAUCUGAGCUUCAUAAUCAGCUCACACCUUCCCCUCUUAGCACUGAAAGGAGAAGGGAACACCAUCGAAAGUGACUGCCCCACUGCCCCUUCCUUGCCCCCCUGGCUCCCAAGUAAUGAAGAUCCAACUAACAACUCUGCAAAACAGCUAACAAAUCUAAUGCACAAUAUUUGGACUCAAUCCUUUUAAACGAUUACACAGAAAUUACAUGGCACAAAGUAACCCCCGAUCGAACCUGAAAAUCCUCUGAAGCAAUGCUACAUGAAAGUGGGUGGUUCUGUAUUUGUUUCAGCCUUCAGUUUAUUUUAUAUGUUCCAGGGUUAGUGGUCAGGCGAUUGCACUUUCAAGUCAUACUAUAUGAGCUCUUGUUACUGUUUUAGCUUAAGAGGGAAUGGACAAAACUUUGGGUAACACUUUAACCCUGCCACCAUUUUAUUUAUAAGCACUAUAUUGAAUAAAUGGUUUGUGGUGUGGUGUUAUAAUGUGGAGAAAUUGAACAUAGUGUUAGUUCAGGCAGGCCUCAAAGUCCCCACAGAUCAACUGAUAUCAAUUAGCCCACAGCUAAUGGCUCAGAUUAUAUUUAUCUAUUAGAUUCUAUUUAGGAUGUUUUAGCCAGCCUACAGUUGCUCCAUGUGGCAAGCUGCUUUGCAAACCACAUUCAUUCCAGUUCCUCCUUCUAAUGCUGUUUGCUCAUUAUGUUCCGAGACAUAAUGAGUGUUGCAUCAUGUCUCAGAACAGAGUAAAUAUAAAUUACUGCAGAUGGAAAUAUCUCUGAAAUUUAAGGACCUUUGAAGUCAUUAUUGAUGUGGAGUACUUGUCAACAGCUAUAACUUAUUACGUAAUGAUAUAAUAAUUCUUUAUCUGUUUAUAACCCAGCUUUCUCUAGUCACUGCUCUCACGAGAAGUUAUAUUUUCAUUAGAGUUUGUUAUAAACUGUAUAUGAAAUUUCGAUUCAGUGCUUAUAAAUACUAAAUGAGGUUAAAGUGUUACCUUUUUAACUGUUAUUGGUAUUGCAGUUUUUGCACACUUAUAUAGUAAUAAUAAUAAGGAAACAAAAAUAAUUCUAUUUUCCUAGUAAAUUUCAGUGAGACAUAGAACAAGAUGACUUAGUUAUUAAUUGUUUAAUUAAUGAGCAUUUUGUGGUGUUUAGUUUAUCUGCAGUUUUAAAGAUUUCUCCUUAAGAAUAAAAACAAAAACUGAUUUUGCAAAUGAUUCAAAUCUCCCCCUCAUUUUUAUAAUUGUGUUAUUGUGCAAGCAUGGGUGUUCACAGCAGCUUCCCUCUGGAUGUCCUGAGUUUUAUGUGUGUGUGUAAUUAUGUAAAUGCUCUCCAGCCUCGUCUUCUGACUCAUAAACGUCACUCAUAAAAAUCCCAGAGAAAAUUAAAAUAAAUAAUUUGUGAUUAUCAUUUUGACCAGGGUCUGUUUAAUAAUCCUCCAAAGUUACAGACAUGUAAAGGUGAUCACUGUUGGCUACAGUAUAUGUUAAUAUGCAUGCAUCACUGUGAUAACUGACCAAAGUGGUCAUGUGUGUUAGCAUGACUUGUCUUUCCAGCUCGACGCAAACCAAAUCACCAACCCUGUUGUCUUUAACGUUAACGAAAAUGUAAAAGAUGAUUUUUAUGGGAAUAUUAGUCAAAUAUGUCGGGGUUACUUCUGAAAACUCUGUUUUUGUCUCCAGACAAAAGUGUGUGGUGUCCUUUACGUUUAGUUUGCCUGUGGUUGGAACCUUUGCUUGUGAUACUGUGUUUCACUGUUUGCAAUAAACUUGCCUGUUU